AAUGUGCUUGGGAUUUGCUGUGUGCUUGGGAUUUGCAGCCUCUCCAUAGCGCUCUCAGGCCACUUUUGGGUUUGAUGACUGCUGUAGUGGACUAGAAGCCCUGAGCCCAGGGCAGCCAGUGGCAUCCAACAAGGAAGCGUUUUGCAUCCUUUUCCUGCUUGUCAGCUUCUCGGAAACAUCAGGAUGGGCCACUGUUGGAAAAGGGAUGUUAGAUUAGGUAGACCUCUGGCCUCCCCCAGAAAAGCAGGGCUUACAUGAACGUGUUUUCUGAUUUCUGUAUGUCAGACCUUGGUUACAAGUACAGAAGCGGAUUAGAUGGGACUCUGCCCAUUUCCCUGGCCAGGUUGUGGAUCUGUUUUUGCAAAUGGUGUUGAGGCGCAAUCCGGGAAAUGGCUGUUAAUUUUUUAUGAAGCUAACCCUCAGGCCCUGGAGGUGACUGCAGGCCGGCGAGUGCCCUGUGAACUGAGCUUGGCCCAGCGUAGUGGCGGGGACUAUGACUUGGUUAUCCUUUCCUUGGAGAAGGAACCUCCUGUUCAAGAGAACAUUCCCAUCAACAGCCGUUUCAAAUGGGUGCAAGAGGCUGAAGAAACUCUCCUGAUUGACAUAGCAACAAACACUGGCUGCAAGUUCCGGGUCCAAGGGGACUGGACAUCAGAACGCCUCUUUGAGACCAUGGAUGAGGACCUGUGCUCAGACUUCCUUGCUGAGAUGCUGAGAGUUCAGAAAGUCUCAUCCAAAGGAUCUUUCCCCGAUCUUGUGGAUCAUGCCUCCUGGCACCAGGUGAAAGGUUUGUCAGGGCCUCCGGAAAACGUUUCUGCAGGAGUUCUAGGAUUUGAGGAUAACUUCAAUGCCAUGAGUGUGGAGAAGAAACGAAACCUGCACAAUCAGCAAAUGAGUGCCCACCGGGGCCCCCCGCCCCCUCCUGUAAUCCCAAAUAGGACGGGUCCCCGCGAGAAGGGAAGCCUCGGCAAGGACCAGCCCGAAGUAAGCAACACCAUGCGCAGGUUCUUCGUGCCUUCCACUCACACGCAGAGUGUUCAGAGGGAGGGACUCAUCAAACACAUCCUUGCCAAAAGGGAGAAGGAAUACGUCAACAUCCAGAAUUUCAGGUUUUUUGUGGGCACGUGGAACGUGAAUGGGCAAUCUCCAGACAGUGGAUUGGAACCCUGGCUGACCUGUGACCCUGAACCCCCCGAUAUCUACUGCAUUGGGUUCCAGGAGCUGGACCUGAGCACAGAGGCUUUCUUCUACUUUGAAUCAACCAAGGAGCAAGAGUGGCUGACAGCCGUGGAGAAAGCGCUACAUUCCAAAGCCAAGUACAAGAAAGUACAGCUGGUGCGUCUGGUUGGCAUGAUGUUGCUUAUCUUCGUCAGGAAGGACCAGCUCAACUCUAUUAAAAACGUGGUGGCAGAGACGGUGGGCACAGGUAUCAUGGGCAAGAUGGGUAACAAGGGCGGCGUGGCCGUCAGGUUUGACUUCCAUAACACUAGCUUCUGCAUUGUCAACUCUCAUCUCGCUGCCCACGUGGAAGACUUUGAGCGCCGCAACCAGGAUUACAAGGACAUCUGUGCCCGGAUGAGCUUCCUGCUCCCUGACCAAGGUCCACUGCAGAUGACAGUCAUGAAACACGAUGUUGUCAUCUGGUUGGGAGAUUUGAACUACAGGCUUUGCCUUCCCGAUGCCAAUGAUGUGAAAACUCUUAUCAGUAAAAAUGAGCUUCAGAAACUGUUGACGUAUGACCAGCUGAAUAUUCAGCGUACCCAAAAGGCAGCUUUUGCCGAUUUCACAGAAGGAGAGAUCAAAUUCAUCCCGACUUACAAAUAUGACUCCAAAACAGACCGUUGGGAUUCUAGUGGGAAGUGCCGUGUACCAGCCUGGUGCGACCGGAUCCUCUGGAGAGGAGGCAAUGUCAACCAGCUCCACUAUCGCAGCCACAUGGAACUGAAAACAAGCGACCACAAGCCUGUCAGUUCCCUCUUCUUCAUCGGGGUGAAAGUGGUGGAUGACAGGAGGUACCGGAAGGUGUUUGAGGAUAUUGUACGGAUGAUGGACAGGAUGGAGAACGACUUCCUUCCCUCCCUAGAGCUGAGUAGGAGGGAGUUCUCAUUUGAGAAGGUGAAAUUUCGGCAGCUGCAGAAGGAGAAGUUCCAGAUCACAAACAACGGGCAGGUCCCCUGCCACUUCUCCUUCAUCCCAAAGCUCAACGACAGCCAGUACUGUAAGCCGUGGCUUCGCGCCGAGCCCUGUGAGGGCUACGUAGAGCCAAAUGAGACAGUGGACAUAUCCCUCGACGUGUACGUCAGCAAGGACUCAGUAACACUGCUCAAUUCAGGUGAGGACAAGAUCGAGGAUAUCCUCGUCCUUCACCUGGACCGGGGCAAGGACUACUUCCUCACCAUCAGCGGCAACUACCUGCCUAGCUGCUUUGGGACCUCCUUGGAAGCCUUGUGCCGGAUGAAGCGGCCAAUCCGCGAAGUCCCUGUCACCAAGCUCAUUGAUCUGGGAGAAGACAGCUUCCUAGAAAAGGAGAAAUCGCUUUUGGAGAUGGUGCCCACUGAGAGCGACGACUCUGGCGAGCGGCCUUUGCACAUACCCAAGGAGAUCUGGAUCCUGGUGGACCACCUCUUCAAGAAUGCCUGCCAUCAGGAGGACCUUUUCCAGACCCCUGGCAUGCAGGAUGAGCUGCAGGAUAUCAUCGAAUGCCUGGACACCAGCAUUCCUGAGACGAUCCCUGGCAGCAACCACUCGGUGGCCGAAGCCCUGCUCAUCUUCCUGGAGGCGCUGCCAGAGCCAGUCAUUUGCUAUGAACUGUAUCAGCGCUGCCUCGACUGCUCGCAGGACAGCCGCCUCUGCCGGCAGGUGGUCUGCCAGUUGCCGCGGUCCCACCGGAACGUGUUCCGCUACGUGAUGGCCUUCCUGCGGGAGCUGCUGAAAUACUCCGAGAGCAACAACGUCAGUGCCAACAUGCUGGCCACCCUCUUCGCCAGCCUUCUGCUGCGGCCACCGCCCAACCUCCUCUCGAAGCAGACCCCUCACGACCGCCAGCGGGCCAUCGGCUUCCUCCUGGGCUUCCUGCUGGGCGCAGACGACUACUAAGGUGCCGGCAAGCGGGCUUCUGUGCCAGCUCGUGGGGCAGCUCAGAGACGGAGCGGGAGGGAGGGAGGGAGGGAGGGGAGGAGCGGGGCUGGAGUUCAGUCCUCCCGUGCAGUGGCCACGGCUGAGCCGAGGCGGUUCUCCGACCAGCACACCACCAACUCCUGCCCGGGCCUGUGUGUCGCCACAGGCCUGCCUCCACCCGGCGCCAGCCUGCGCCACUGUCCCCCUCGAUGCAGCUGGCCAGUUGACCGUUUCAUGUAUAAGCUGCUCCAGUACGUUGGCAGACUGACCGGUGGGUUGGCGGUGGUUGCCGGGUGUACACAAGGAUCAGCUGCCAGUUCUUCCCACGCCACUCCACCCCACACCACCCCACCCACCCUCCUGAUACACUACUCUGUCUCCACCCUUGCGCUCCAGUGGAGCUCUUGGUGCUCCUGAUGUAUGCAGAGCCUAGAAAUGUCACCCUCUCCUGGGAAGGACCUCCUUUCUCUUCCCGAGGGCCCUGCGACUAGUUAAGAAGGGGCUGGCUGCGCCCCUUGCAGCCGCUCUCCUUCGCCUCCUUUGUGCAGCUCAGUAUCUGUCCCCGUUCUGCCAGACAGAGCAUGCAGCAUACUUCUUUCCCUCUGUGGAGCACUGGCUUUCCGUGGAACACUUAGUGCCGCCUCAAGCAAGGGGUGAGGAGGCGGCGGAGGUCUCACUGUGAGGACUGGGUUGUGUUCGCCCUGCCCCUCCCCGUACUUCACACAUUUGCCACAUUUGUUUUUCCAGUUGUAUCUCCGGGGUUCCUGUACUUUGUGCUCAUGCUCCCCCUCUCUAUUUUUUUAAUCUGUAUAAUUUAUUGGAAAACUCGUUUCUGAAUAAACAGCCGUUGAGCAAA